AUGAUUAAUUUUGGUUACGGCACAAAAUUCUCUGAUCUGAAGCUUUGGGAAAUAUACGAAACGAAGAUGUUGACGAAGUUCGAGACGAAGAGUAACAGAGUGAAAGGACUGAGUUUCCACAACAAGAGACCAUGGAUCUUAGCUAGUCUUCACAGUGGAGUGAUCCAGCUAUGGGAUUACAGAAUGGGCACUCUCAUCGAUCAAUUUGACGAGCACGAUGGUCCUGUUCGCGGCGUCCAUUUCCACCAAUCGCAGCCGCUUUUUGUCUCCGGAGGAGAUGAUUACAAGAUCAAAGUAUGGAACUACAAAUUGCAUAGAUGUUUGUUUACACUUCUUGGACAUCUUGAUUACAUCCGAACAGUUCAAUUUCAUCAUGAGUACCCCUGGAUUGUUAGUGCUAGUGAUGAUCAAACUAUCAGGAUUUGGAAUUGGCAAUCUCGUACAUGUAUAUCUGUAUUGACAGGACACAACCAUUAUGUAAUGUGUGCUUUAUUCCAUCCAAAAGAGGACCUUGUUGUGUCAGCAUCAUUAGAUCAGACAAUUAGGGUUUGGGAUAUUGGUGCAUUGAAGAAGAAAACAGUUUCACCUGCUGAUGACAUCCUUGGGUUAAGUCAGAUGAAUACAGAUUUCUUUGGUGGUGUUGAUGCUGUUGUAAAGUAUGUUUUAGAGGGACAUGAUCGAGGAGUCAAUUGGGCUUCAUUUCAUCCCACUCUUCCACUUAUUGUCUCAGGGGCUGAUGAUCGUCAAGUUAAAAUCUGGCGAAUGAAUGAUUCAAAAGCAUGGGAAGUAGACACAUUAAGAGGUCACAUGAACAACGUCUCAUCUGUUCUUUUCCACUCAAAACAAGACAUCAUCGUAUCAAACUCAGAAGACAAAAGCAUACGCGUUUGGGACGCGACAAAAAGAACAAGCCUCCAAACAUUCCGUCGCGAACACGACAGGUUCUGGAUUCUCACCUGUCACCCCGAAAUCAACCUUCUAGCAGCUGGACACGAUAGUGGCAUGAUAGUUUUCAAAUUUGAAAGAGAACGCCCUCCUUUCUCUGUAACUCAUGAUUCUCUUUACUACAUCAAAGAUCGUUUUCUACGGUUUUACGAAUUCUCAACCCAAAAAGACACUCAAAUAAUCCCAAUCCGAAGGCCCGGAUCAUCCGGAUUAAACCAAGGGCCUAGAUCUCUCUCCUAUAGCCCUACAGAAAACGCUGUCUUAAUAUGUUCAGAAGUGGAUGGAGGAUCUUAUGAACUUUAUAUCAUCCCUAAAGAUAGUGUCACUAGAGGUGAUGCAAUUCAAGAAGCUAAAAGAGGGGUAGGGGGGUCAGCGGUUUUUGUUGCUAGAAAUAGAUUUGCAGUGCUUGAAAAGAGCACAAAUCAAGUUUUGGUUAAGAAUUUGAAAAAUGAAAUAGUGAAGAAAAAUGUUCUUCCGGUUGUUACGGAUGCGAUUUUUUACUCGGGUAUGGGUAAUUUGCUUUGUAGGGCGGAGGACAAAAUGGUCAUUUUUGACCUUCAACAACGAAUUGUAAUAGGGGAGAUUCAAACUUCUUGUGUAAGGUAUGUUUUGUGGUCAAAUGAUAUGGAAAGUGUUGCUUUACUUAGCAAACAUUCGAUAAUUAUCGCUGAUAAAAAGCUUUCACAUCGAUGCACACUUCAUGAAACAAUCCGUGUGAAAAGUGGUUCAUGGGAUGAUAAUGGUGUGUUUAUAUACACAACAUUGACACAUAUCAAAUAUUGUUUACCUAAUGGAGACUCUGGAAUCAUAAAAACCCUAGAUGCUCCUGUUUACAUUACAAAGAUUUUUGGAAACACGAUCUUUUGUUUGGAUCGAGAUGGGAAAAAUUGGACGAUUGUGAUAGAUGCAACUGAAUAUCUUUUUAAACUUUCUUUGUUGAGAAAGAGAUUUGAUCAUGUUAUGAGCAUGAUAAGAAACUCAGAGCUAUGUGGACAAGCUAUGAUUGCGUAUCUUCAACAAAAAGGUUUUCCAGAAGUUGCCCUUCAUUUUGUGAAAGAUGAAAGAACUCGUUUUAAUUUAGCAUUAGAAAGUGGGAACAUACAAAUAGCUGUUGCUUCUGCUAAAGAGAUAGAUGAAAAAGAUCAUUGGUAUAGAUUAGGUGUGGAGGCUCUUCGCCAGGGUAAUUCUGGAAUUGUGGAAUAUGCGUAUCAGAGAACAAAGAAUUUUGAGAGGCUAUCGUUUUUGUAUUUAGUUACGGGUAAUUUAGAUAAAUUAUCCAAAAUGAUGAAAAUUGCAGAGGUCAAAAAUGACAUUAUGGGUCAGUUUCAUAAUGCUUUGUAUUUAGGUGAUAUCAAAGAACGAAUCAAGAUUUUGGAAAAUUCGGGUCAUUUAGCACUUGCGUUUGCUACUGCUAAAACCCAUGGAAUGAACGAUAUUGUUGAAGAACUUUUCGUGAAGCUUAAAGAUAAUAUUCCGAUUUUGCCCUUGAGGUCAACUUCUCUUUUAAUCCCUCCAACUCCUGUUAUGUCUGGUGGUGAUUGGCCUUUGCAAAGGGUCACAAAAGGAAUCUUUGAAGGCAGUCUUGAUAAUACACAAGAAGAGUAUGAAGAUGCUGCAGAUGCUGAUUGGGUUGAGGAUUUGGACGUUGCUGACGUGGACAAUGGUGACAUCAGCAUUGUGGAUGAUGAAGAUCCAAAUGAAGAUAACGAAUCUGGAGGUUGGGAUCAUGAAGAUCUUGAACUUCCACCUGAUUUCGACACCCCGAAAGCCACCUCCACCGCCAGGUCAGCGGUUUUUGUCCCGCCUAAUCCGGGUUUACCCGCAACCCACAUGUGGGCCCAGAAAUCUUCACUUGCCGCCGAACACGUGGCAGCUGGCAACUUCGACACCGCCAUGCGUUUACUAAACCGCCAGCUGGCAAUCAAAAAUUUCACACCUUUAAAAUCAUUAUUUCUUGAUCUUCACAUGGGUAGUCAUAGUUUCCUGUAUGCUUCCACGUCAGCCUCACUUAUCUCAUUUCCCAUUGAGAGAAACUCGAGUGAAUCCACAUCCACCCGGGCCCCACCUCAACUUAUCUUUACUUUUUCCCAAUUGGAAGACAAAUUAAAAGCUGGAUACAAAGCUACUACUUCAGGAAAGUUCACCGAAGCUUUACGUCUUUUCAUGAGUAUUCUUUAUACAAUUCCUUUGAUAGUAGUUGAGACACGAAGAGAAGUGGAUGAAGUAAAAGAACUGGUUGUAAUUGUGAAAGAAUAUGUUUUGGGGUUACAAAUGGAAUUAAAAAGGAGGGAAUUAAAAGACGACCCUGUUCGACAACAAGAGCUAGCUGCUUACUUUACUCAUUGUAACCUUCAGAUACCUCACUUGAGAUUAGCUUUAAUGAAUGCGAUGACUGUGUGUUUCAAGGGGGGGAAUCUUAUUACAGCAUCGAGUUUUGCAAGGCGGCUGUUGGAGACUAAUCCAACGGCUGAGAAUCAAUCUCAGAAAGCACGGGUGGUUAUUCAGGCGGCUGAGAGGAACAUGAGGGAUUCUACGGAGUUGAAUUAUGACUUCAGGAAUCCGUUUGUGACUUGUGGGGCGACUUAUGUUCCGAUUUAUAGGGGACAGAAGGAUGUGGUGUGUCCGUAUUGUAGCUCGCAUUUUGUUGUUUCUCAAGAAGGGGAGAUUUGUGGUGUUUGUAAUCUUUCGGUGGUGGGAUCUGAUGCUUCGGGCUUACUGUGUUCUCCUGCGCAGAUAAGAUGAUUUAAAAUUCUUUCUCGGGAUGCUAGCCUCGCUUUUUUCUACUAUCAGUUCAAACAGAGGGAGCCUUCGGAUUCUUGAUACUUUUAAAAAAUACGAGUUUUGUGGGAGUUGUACUUUUAUUGAAGUUUUGCAUAGGCGUAAACAUUGAGUAUACUGUGUUUAUAGUAGUGAAGAUAGUUAAUUUCGUUUGGACAAGCCGGGUAUAACUUUUAUUACAUAAGAUAUAGUUACCCUUAUAGUUAACUAGUUAUUGCUUUUAAAGAUAUUUUAAUGUGUUUUUCAUAUAAUCAGGUUAUCCUUG